AUGUAUUAUCGGAAAUUGUGGACAGAGAUGUUGGCGCUGGAUAUACAUGAAACUUUUGAUUAUGAAGACGACGUUUUGAAGACUGGUGAACGUUUAAAAACUACAGUUCUUUCACGUGGAUCAGGUGACGUAGCCAAAGAGCUCUAUCGAAGAUUUCAGGGUCGAGAUCCUAGCGUGGGUGCUAUAUGUGAUUUCUACGAUCCACCCUCGUUCUACCACUUGGAGGACGAGGCAACGCUUGGACGUUGA